GUGAAUCGGUUCAGUCGGUAGAUGGCGGUAACCCAGGAAACCUGAUCUGUCAGGUUCAACAGAAGUCUGUCUCUGUUUGCAUCAUUCGCAAAGGAGGCAGCGUAGCCGAGCAGUUGAAGGACAUCAAAUGAAACACGGGAGUUUACAGCGAGUCCUUUUGUUUUGCGCGUAGCCUGUCUUCCGAGCCAGGAGACAGUGCGUUUUAUUGAAAAUCAUGGAAGAAAAAUCUAAUUCGUUCUCUAGCAACAAAGAAGUAGAAAAAGCGGAUGGGAAUAAUGUAUUUCAGAGGCAAGACUCGAUACAGAGGAAGAAUAUUGGGAGCCAGAACAUGAAAGCAGGGGACCACGCGAACUCGGUGGGCUUCAAGGGUGAACAGGAGGAAGCCUUGGUCGGGUUGGACGAUCUAGACGGGUCCGGGAACCGACAUGGCUUCAUGCAGAGGCAAUUUGGAGCGAUGAUGCAGCCUGGCGUCAAUAAGUUCUCCCUGCGAAUGUUCGGCAGUCAGAAAGCCGUUGAGAAAGAGCAAGAAAGGGUCCAAACUGCGGGAUACUGGAUCAUUCACCCCUAUAGCGAUUUUAGGUUCUACUGGGACUUGGUAAUGCUCGUCAUGAUGAUGGGGAACCUGAUCAUCAUUCCUGUAGGAAUAACCUUCUUCUCAGAGCAGACCACCACCACCUGGCUAAUAUUCAACGUAGCUUCAGACACCAUCUUCCUCGUGGAUCUGGUCAUGAACUUUCGCACGGGAAUCGUCAACGAGGAGAGCUCCGAGAUCAUCCUGGACCCCAAGGUCAUCAAGAUGAACUACCUGAAGAGCUGGUUUGUGGUCGACUUCCUCUCGUCUAUACCAGUGGAUUAUAUAUUUCUAAUAGUGGAAAAGGGGUUUGACUCGGAGGUGUACAAGACGGCAAGGGCGCUGAGGAUCGUUAGGUUUACUAAGAUUCUGUCUCUUCUGAGGCUGCUGAGACUUUCCCGACUCAUCAGAUACAUACAUCAGUGGGAAGAGAUCUUCCAUAUGACCUACGACCUGGCCAGUGCUGUGGUAAGAAUAUUUAAUCUGAUAGGGAUGAUGCUACUGCUCUGCCACUGGGACGGUUGUCUACAGUUCCUGGUUCCCCUCCUACAAGAUUUCCCCCAAGAUUGCUGGGUGUCGCUAAAUGGUAUGGUUAAUGACUCGUGGGGUAAGCAGUACUCGUACGCUCUCUUUAAGGCCAUGAGCCACAUGCUGUGUAUCGGGUACGGCGCCCGGGCGCCCGUCAGCAUGUCCGACCUGUGGAUCACCAUGCUCAGUAUGAUUGUGGGCGCCACCUGCUACGCCAUGUUCGUCGGCCACGCCACCGCUCUCAUCCAAUCCCUGGACUCGUCCCGCAGGCAGUACCAAGAGAAGUACAAACAAGUGGAGCAGUACAUGUCAUUCCACAAGCUACCUGCAGACAUGCGGCAGAAGAUCCAUGAUUACUAUGAGCAUCGCUAUCAAGGCAAGAUCUUUGACGAGGACAAUAUCCUGAGUGAGCUCAACGACCCGCUCAAAGAGGAAAUUGUGAACUUCAACUGCCGAAAGCUUGUGGCUACCAUGCCACUGUUCGCCAACGCAGACCCCAACUUCGUGACGGGCAUGUUGAGCAAGCUGAAGUUCGAGGUGUUCCAACCCAACGAUUACAUCAUCAGAGAGGGCACCGUGGGCAAGAAGAUGUACUUCAUCCAACAUGGUGUGGCCAGGGUUAUCACCAAGCUCAACAAAGAGAUGAAGCUGACUGACGGCUCCUACUUUGGAGAGAUCUGUCUGCUGACGAAGGGGAGACGCACGGCGAGCGUUCGCGCCGACACCUACUGCCGUCUCUUCUCCCUCUCUGUGGACCACUUCAACGUGGUGUUGGAGGAGUACCCCAUGAUGCGCCGCGCCUUCGAGACUGUAGCCAUCGACCGCCUGGACCGCAUCGGAAAGAAGAACAGCCUGCUCCUCCAGAAGUUCCAGAAGGAUCUGAACGCUGGGGUGUUCAACACACAGGAGAACGAGAUAUUGAGGCAGAUAAUCCGGCAGGACAGGGAGAUGGUGAUGAUGGUGGACCGCAAGCAGUCGGUUACAGGGAUGUCGGUCACCGGGAUGAAUUCCACCCCGAUAUCUGGAAAUUCCAUAAUUAACUCUCCGGCUCAGCAACCCUACACCACUGCCCUGGGCAACAACCAGUUUCAGCAGUCAGCCGCCCAUUUAACAUAUAGUGCUCCGGGCGUCAUUGCCCCCUCCGCCGCAGCCGCCGCCCGCAUCCUGCCAGCCUCGUCGCAGGGUGUCUACCCUGUCCCCAGUGUCUCCCACAGCAACCUGAACUCAUCCUCGCCUGUCCCCCAGACCCCCCUCUCUCUCCAGCAGCAAGGGGCUAUCAUGUCCCCAGUAUCCUUCAACGCGGCUGUGUGCAGUCCACCUGUGCAGACCCCUGGGCUGGCGGGACGCAGCUUCCAGUAUGGCUCACCCACCGCCUCCCAGCUCUCCCUUAUCCAGCAGCCGCUGCCUACUGCCCUACCACCCCAGCAACCACUACCACAGCAACCACAACAGCUGCCCCAGCAAACAGGAGGAGCUGCAGCCUCCUUGGCAUCACAACAACCACAGCAGCAGCCAACACAGCAGCAAGUCCCUUCACCUCAGAGGAGUGAAAUUCUCCACAAGGGCAGCCAUACUCUCCAGUCUGGAAGCCUGAGUCAAGAUGUGCGCCACCUAUCUGCCUCCCAACCCUCCCUGCCCCAUGACACAUCCCUGGGGCCCAGAGCGCACCCUGGAGUGUCCGGGGACUGCCUGUCCUCCAUCGCCCUGCCGGUGGCUGCGGUCCAGGGGACAGGUAUGCAGAGCGGUCUCCGCACCACAGUGCCCCAGAGGGUCAACCUGUUCCGCCAGAUGUCAUCGGGAGCAUUGCCCCCGGUGCGAGCGGCGUCCUCUACAGACCAGCACAGGGAUUCCACAGGUUCUAGAAAAGAUUCUAGAAGAGAUUCUAACUUAAGCAGUACAGAGACUGACCAAGAUAAGAUGCGGUUCGCAUCGAAUUUAUGAUCCCAUUUUACUUUUUUAAACUUCUGGUUGAAUUCAUUUUUAAUGGAGAUACAAAAAAAGAAAGGUGAAAUUUAGUGUUUUUUUGUUUUCUCGCAUUUUUCUUCUGAAAAAAAAUAACCUCAUAGAAUUCCUGUACAGACUACCCUUGUAUUAUAUUUUAGACACAUUUUCUUCCUAAGAAUGUAUAUUAAACAAAUAUAUAUCAAUAUGUGUAAAUCCAACUAGAAUAUUUGGCAAAGACUUUUUAAAAGCUCUAGUAUAUAAAACAUGAGUAUUCCUUUCCGAAAAAUAUAAAUAUACAAUGUAUGGAUAUUUUUUUUGGGGGGGGGUUGUUUUGUUUGUUUGUUCUUUUCUGUUUUUGUAAACUGGAAUGCGUCGUGAUGAAUCCUGUGAUGAAUUUUAUUUUUAUUUUUUUGUACCUGCGAAAAGAGUAACAAAUAUCUUCUCAUACUACGCAGCUUUGUCACCACUGUGGAAUAACUGACGCAAGCAAACCUUGAAACUGUCAAAAAAGCACACACUCAAACAUAAAUCUGAUAACAAAUUAGUGGAACCUUUGUCUUACCUUAGCAAUCAAACACAAGUACAGUAGCUAGGUGUUCCAUUGCUCUCAGCAAUACAUCCUCUUGAGCCACAAUAUCUUCAUACAGCGGUUCAGGUCCAAAGGGAAUGAAAUAAAUAGAAUUGCUGCUUUUAUUUUCAUUUUUGGAGAGAAGGAUGUUGUGUGGUGUGGGCGAGCGAGGGAUGGAUGAUUCUGUUUUGUCUAUUCCUAGUUUCAGACAGUGAUAGACGUUAUGUAAUGUUGCUUAAAAAAACGGUGUACAUUUAUAAUAUUUCUAAACUAAAGAUUAUCAACAUUAUGCAAUAGACUGUGAUAUGAAGAUUAUCUAUAUGUGUGUUGUAAAUAGUUUUAUAGAUCUAGUAUUUGCAGAUACUGUGUGGUGCAUUCUCAAUCAUAACAGUAUCUUACUUCUUUCAGGAACCUGGAUAUCAUUUAUAUGUGGAAAAAAAGUGAAUAAGUGACAGCAAUACAUAUGUUCAUUAGAGAUAAGAAAACCUUAAUGCAAUAGCUAGCACUACUUGAUACUGAGAAAUGCCUGUUCUGAAGUCAAACUGAGAAUCCUUAUUUGUCUGUAUAAUAUGUAUGUCUUUGUUUCAUAAUUCAUUUAUUUAAAAAGUUCUUUGGGAUAGGCAUCCCGUCAACGGGACAGUUGUAAAUCAUGCAGUGCCGAGGGUCACGAUCGCAGAUUUUAGAGAAACAACAAAUGUCGGUACAUAUAAGUGUCUUAUAUCGAAUGAAAGCUUAAAUUCGUUUUAAGAUAACUAACACUUUCCAAUCUACAGUAGCUAUUACUGCGGGAAAAAAAUGCCAUGCUAUUGUUUGAGGAGAGCUCCUAACAACAAAACACUUUUUUCACAGCGAUAGGUUUGAUAUAUUCACCUCUGAAGGUGACAUGUGUACUUACGUUCUGAAAUCUUGCUCUGAUUUAUUAUCCAAAGGGUCCCAGAGAUGACAUGAUGUGUCCUUUCGUUAGAUAAAAUCCUUUUUCAUAUCCUAAAAAAUAUCCUAGCAUUUCCACACGUUCAAUUUGCAAAGAAAGGAAUCUGUGAAAAUCUUACCCUAAACGUUGUUUCAACCAGUCAAAUCACGUUCGUAUUUAUUCCACAGAGAUCCUAGAACGUAACCAGACUUCACUAUAUCAUUCAGAGUGUAGUAUAUCCUAUAGGACACCAAAUUUGGUCAGAGAGUGACGCCUUCAUGGCAUGCCUAUGACGCGGGCAGUCUUCACUUGAUUGACUAUAACUUUAUCAAAUAUGCACCAAUCGGGUCAAACAAAGCUAGCUAGAUAUACGGGAGUAUACGGAAACGUCAUAUGUCGCAAAAUGUUGCUGCUAUCCUUGUGCGACAGCAAGCCUUUUCCUUUUGGAGAAAAGUUAUAAGAAUAUGUAGAGUUAUAAAGUUAUGAAGACUGGGUGUUUUGCAAAUGUUGAACUUAUAAUAUGGCUACUAAUACUGGAAAAUCUAAAUCAAAGUCCAAGUAUACAGAUAUGAUGAUAUUCUUGCAGAAAAAUGUAAUGUUAAUGUAAAUGUCUCCUACAUGAUUUGCCCAAAUGUACCUGGGUGACUUCACACUAAAUGUCAUGUAGUUCACUCAUACUUCAAGUUAUCCAUCUGAAACUUUGCACAUACACUGCUGCCAUCGUGUGGACACCAUCGGACACCAACCAGAGCGAUGGCUCGAUUUCUGACUUUUAUGUUGUAUUUCAAAGAUGGUGGUAGAAAAAAAUAAAAAAAUAAAUGGUUGUUUUUUUCUUUGUAUUUUCUUCUACCAGAUCUAUUGUGUUAUAUUCUCCUACAUUCAAUUCACAUUUCCACAAACUACAAAGUGUUUCCUUUCAAAUGGUACCGAGAAUAAAAAGAUGCUACUCCA